CCCGACCUCAAACUCCCGUCGCCACCCGCUCUCCUCCCCUCUCCCCUCCCCUCCCCUCCCCUCGCGCCGGCCACGAUCGAGGCAUGGCGACGAUGACGACCACGACCACCACGACGAAGACGGCGCUGCGCCACCGCGGGUGCUGCGGGCACGCGCCGGCGCCGGCGGAGGACGGCGGCGACCUGGUGGCGCUGUCGAGCGCGGCGGCGGAGGGGCUCGGGAAAGAGGCCGCCAGGUGGGCCGGCGGGCUGCCGCGGCUGAAGCGGUUCGAGGAGCUGCCGGACUACCUCCGCGACAACGAGUUCAUCCGCGGCGGCUACCGCUGCGAGUGGUCCGUCCGCGACGCGCUCCGCAGCGUCUUCGCCUGGCACAACGAGACGCUCAACGUCUGGACCCAUCUGGGGGGCUUCUUCCUGUUCCUGGGGCUCGCCGUCGCCGGCCAGACGGAGUGGCGGCCGGCCGGAGCAGCCGCGGCGCCGGGGUUCAUGACGAUGGUGAUGACGUCCGCCAACGCGUCGUCGUUGGCGACCAACAACAGUUCGAGCACGGCGAUCCAGAGCGCGCUGGCGUCGGGCAUCGGCGGCGCGGGGCACGCGGUGGCGCGGUGGCCGCGGACGGUGUUCGUGUUGGGGGCCAUGACGUGCCUGUCGGUGAGCGCUGCGGCGCACCUGCUGGCAAGCCACUCGCGCCGCUUCAACCGGCUCUUCUGGCAGCUCGACUACGCCGGCAUCGCCGUCAUGAUCGUCGCCUCCUUCUUCCCGCCGGUCUACUACACCUUCCUCGGCAGCCCCGUCGCACAGCUCGCCUACCUCUCCGCCAUCACGCUGCUCGGCGUGCUCGUCGUGGCGGCGCUCCUGGUGCCGGCCCGCUCGUCGCCGCGGCUGCGGCACCUCCGCGCCGGCCUGUUCGUGUCCAUGGGGCUCUCGGGCGUCGUGCCGGCGCUGCACGCGCUCUGGCUCAACUGGGGCCACCCGGAGUGCUACCUGGCGCUGUCGCUGGAGCUGGCCAUGGGGCUCGUGUACGCCACGGGCGCCGGCUUCUACGUCGCGCGCGUGCCGGAGCGGUGGCGCCCGGGCAUGUUCGACUGCGUCGGCCACAGCCACCAGAUCUUCCACGUGCUGGUGCUCGUCGGCGCCGUCACGCACUACGCCGCCACCGCCAUCCUCAUCGGCUGGCGCGACGCCCUGGCCGCGGCCGCGUCGGCGCUCUUGUGACGCCGCGCGUAGGAUGCAUAGGCGUAGGGUGUGCCAUUGAUUCGUUGAUUCGUGUAACUAGCUUAGAUGAUUCUUUGAACGUGUAUCAGAUCAAGUUUGUGCUCCUGGCUUUCUUACUGUCGGUCUGCACUCUGUGUUUCUGUAAUGUUGAAUGGCGUACAGCGGCUGAGGUGCAAAAGGAAAAGGGACGAGCACUGCAACUUUUUUA